AUGGAUAAGGACUUUGAAUCAGGUGCUAUUGUAUGGGCUAAAAUGAAAGGAUUCCCACCGUGGCCAGCAAUGAUAAUGCAACCAUCAGAGAAAAUGGAAGGUAUACCUGCUGGUCGUUACUCAGUGUUGUUUUACGGUACGCAUGAAACAGCUAUAAUGAAGAAAAGUGAUUUGUUUGACUACCAUGCUUAUCGUAGUGAAUAUGAGGUGCAGCGAAAAAUUAAGGGUUUUACUGAAGCUCUGCAAGAAGCACGCGAAGCUGCUGGUUGUAAGGAACCCAGUUUGACGACACCAAAAACUCCAGAAAUAUGUUUAUCGUCUUUCCUCGAGAAAUCUCCAGAAUCAUCUAACGCUAACUUUUUAUCAGGUGCUAGAGUUAAUGGUGUAAGCAGAUGUCGUAGGAAAUCGAAUCGAUCGGAUACCAGCGAGAACUUGUUGGAAAAUCUUUUAUCAAGUCCAACUACAUCUUCACCUUUUCCAACCAGAAUGCGGACGCCAUCUCUUUCACCAAUUAAAGACAACACUGAAAUAAGAAAUGAACGGAGACGUCUGGGAAGUUUUACGUCCAUCUCAAGCCGUAAUAAAACGAAUUCGAUUUCACAAUCAUUUGAUGUAGACCUGGGCGAAGAUCCGAUGUUACCGAUUUUAACCGAUGGUGGUUGUAAUUUUCUACUCGAUGGGAUUGGUACAGACAUCGAUGAAAUUUCGAGGGCAUCAGUGAAAAGUGGUGUGAAAUGUUCCAAGUCUGUUGUUGGAGAUUAUUUGUCAUCUGGAAAGCUACGUGAACGCUUCAAUAGUUCAUCUUCAGGACGUACAAGAUUAUGUUCGGGUAUGUCAGAUGGUUUCGAUGAUUUAUUCGGAUCAUCACCACUCUUCAACUCUACAGAUCCAUUAUCACCGUUGUCGUUUAAUGAUAUCCUGGGCUCACCUGAUGAUCAUCCACUGGCAGGUUUUGAUGAACAAAACUUCGAAUUUCAUCAAAAUCUCUUCCAAAAGAAUUGUUCAAGUUGUGGUUGCCAUUGCAUUUUGUACGGUCUAAAAUGGAGAUGUGGGAACACGAAUUGUUUGAAAUGGAACGAAAUUCAUGAACCAUUAAUUUCUGAAUUAAAUAAUCAGUUGCCAUGUUUUAUGAAAGAAAAUUCUGAGGAUGUUAAAACGGAUCUUGUAACAUUGAAUGUUUCUCCGACUGCUAAAUCACGUGAUAGCACUUUAGACAGUAUUCAUGACCCGAUCAUUUCAAAUGUCAUAUCUGAUCGCUUUUCACCAGAUUCGUUUUCUAAUAUUUUUGCUCAAACAUCACUGCCAUCUAUAACAAAACAUGAAAACGAUGCCCAUCAAAUUCAAAAAACUGCGCAGAAAGGUGUAUUUCCAGCUUCAAUACAGUCUUCACUUUCCUUCCAGAGUCAUAAUGAAUCACUUUCAAAUAGCCAGAAUAUUUCUUCAAGAAGAACCGGAAAUGGCCGUCCGAAAUUCUACAAAGUGGAAAAAACACCCUUAGUGGCUGAAGAUGGUUGUAGGCACUGUUUUCACUGUAACGGACAAGUACGGCCACAAAUGUGCGGCGGUAAUAGACAUAGAUGGCGUUGCGUCGAUAAGAAGUGCCGAAAAUGGUAUGGUUGGGUCAGGAGUCAUGAAGAAAUACCUAAGGAUUUGGGCAAGAAAGGAAGAUGGAAAGAUCUUAUCAAAAUUCGAAGGAAAUCACCAUCAGUUAGCGAAAAUGAGGAUGAACAGAGUGAAGCAAUGAGAAAAACUGCGAGGAAAAACACAAGGCAAUCAGGUAAUCGAGCUCGAUCCGCGGGGGUUAUGCAGCUGAAAAGUUGUAUGGAACGGCGGGUACGAUGGUGGACAAAUGAAAAAAGAGAAAGUGGACUAUCUCCAGAGAGAGAAUUCUUAACUGAUCCAUUAGAUGCAGCCGCCGCAUGCAUUAUAGUAUCGAAAUCAAUGAUUUUAGCAGCUAAUACACGAACUGAAGAAUCGGGUACAGUGGAUGGAUCAUUGGAUUUAUUGAUGGAUACACUGUUCAGCUUAUUGGCACCACUCCUAGCGCUAAUGAAGCAGGUACCAAGUGUUUUGGAUCAAGAUACAGAAAAGAAACUUUGGGAGGCCUGUGCUAUACACACACCAAGAUUUGCAUAG